AUGAAGUGGAUAUUAGCUUUUGCUCAGGUUAAUAGUCAUGGAGUUCGAUUUUUUCAUAAAAAUGAGAAUGAAUAUAAACAAACAAUAACAACUGGUCGUUCAGAAAAUGAAUAUCUUACAGAUUCAAAAGAAAUUUCAUGUCAUUUGUCACAUUGUGAAAUAGGGUUGCUGUUUUAUCACAAGACAAAAACGGGAAUGAAAUUUUUUAAUGAUAAAAUUACAGAUUUUUAUCAAAUUGUGUACAUGAAAUAUGUUACAAAUAGUGGAAAACUAUUAUUCUCGCAAAUUACUAUAGAAUCAAAUAAUUUUCCUUUAAUUUUGUGCCCAAAUAAAGGUUGGGUUAACAAAUUUAGUUCAUCACAAUAUAUACCAAUAGAAAAAGAAGGAAUAAUUUUUGAGAAACUAUUAAAUCGUCAUAUUUUUGUUCCAAUAUAUUCAAAACAUGCUGAUACUAAUGUUUUUAUUUGUGGUGAAGUUCGUUAUUUAGACGGAACAAAACUUAAGAUUGGUUAUGAAAUAAAAAACAAAAAAAUAAAUGAAUUAAAAGUUGAAAGUAUAAAUUUAUUAAAUGAAAAAUUAUCAUGUAAAAAUGAUAGACCAGAAAAUGAUUUUUAUCAUUUUAGUUAUAAUUCAUAUAAUAGCAAAGUUUCAAAAAUGAAAUUUAUAGAUAAGGCAAAUAUUCAAAAUUCUAAUAUAUAUUAUGAUAGUAUAAUCUAUUUGUAUGAUAAAAAAAAUUAUAAAAUAAAAGAAUUAGAAGAACAUGCGUAUAGUUUUUUUUUGGAAAUAGGUCAUUCAGAAUACUACUACCCGAGAGCAAAACCUUCAUGUGCAAAAUUUGUAAAACCAUUAAAUGCUUCAUUAAAAGUUUUUACUACAGAUGAUGAAGAAAUUAAAUUUUCUGAAAGUAAAAACAAUCCUAAUAUUAAAAUAUUUUCAAUUGACAAAAGUUUGAUGAAUAUAAGAAAGGAAUAUGACUGCAGAAUCGAAGUUGAUAAUAUCAAAGAAAAUAUACAUCUAAAAAAUUUUUAUAAAAAUACUUUUAUUGCAAAAUUGGUAUCUAUCGAUGAUUUUGACAAUGAGAAGAAUGUUACAACAUUAGAGUUCAAAAAUAAUUUUGAAGGUUAUGGUAGAUAUUCAUGUAUAUUAACUUCUUUAAAUGGUGAAAAACUUCACAAAGAUGCCGAAUAUAUUAAACCUCUAACAUUUGAAACAUUUCCUAUUGGAAUGAUGGAAGAAAUUCAAAAAAUUACAUGGCCAUCAAUUAAUACUGUUACAAUAAGUUGUAAAAAAAAAAUUUCAAAUUUUGCAAAAUUGCAAGAUAUGCAUGUAAUUUUUUCUGAAACAUCACAAUAUAGGAAUUCAAUAAAUGAGGAAAUGUCAAUGUUUUUUGAUGAUGAUGAUUUUGUUAAAUUUAAACAUGGAGAUUAUUUUUAUAAAGUAAAUAAAAUUGAAGAUAUAAUUUAUCAUUGUAAAUAUCAAACAAAUGGUAAUAUAAGUUUUACAAUUAAAACAAAAGGCAUUAUUUUGGAAAAUGAAAUUAAAAAUUCAAUGUAUCAAACAAUAUUAAUUGUAGUAUUUAUUGUAGUUGUAACAGCAAUUUUUAUUGGUAUUAUUGUUGGAAUAAUUUUGUUAAAAAAAGCUAAAAAAGCAAAACAAUUAAGAAAAAAGCUUGGCUUAAAUUCGGAAAUGUCAAAAUCAGAAUUUUCUUCAACUUCAAUGUCUUCUUCUAUGUCAGACUUAAGCGGAUUAAGUAAUAGCAAAUUUACACCAUCAAAAUUACCUUUAAAAAAUAUCUCAAAGUUAAAUUCAAAUAUUUCUUCAAAUUCAUCCUUAAGUUCAAUCUCUAAAGGGAAAUAA